GCCUAUCAAUUUUAUCCUGACUUUUUGGAAAACUCUUUUUUACGUAUCCACUUUGAAGCCUCUCGGUUAUUGUUAUUUUUUUUUUCGCAUUCAAAAUCAUGGCAGAAGUUCUCAAGAAUCAAUAAAUAUAAAUACAGUAAUUGAAAAUAAAAAAUACCUGCACAAUUCGUAAUCGUAAAAGUUCCUUGCAGCAUGUCCUGCACAAGUACCAUUGGGGAAGAAUUUAGAAUUUCGUUUCAUAGUCAUAAAUUACUGCAUUUUCGUGCAGUUGUUUUCAGCAGAACGUUUGAUUGCCGUUAGCAACAUUCAAGAAAACAAAGAUGCAAUCUACAGGCAAUAUCCCGCCUCUUGCACCUCUACACACGGAGACGUGCGUCGUCGCGGAUCCUGCCGCCCAACCAAACGAUUCCUUGAAUUGGGAAUCGAGGGGUCUCGUAGUUCAGGUUUACAAAUCACUGGAUACCGCACAGCCGCCUGUCAGCAUUGACAUUGCUAGCACGUUGGGAGCCGGCAGUGACCUGCCGCUUGCUAUAAGGAAGGCUUGCCGCUUCUGGUUCGAUCCAUCGAUCAAAACUAAAGGCGAUGUUUCUCGGUACUUGAACUCCGUGAGUCGCUCGAACGGAUUCAAGAUUUCGACUCUCUCGAACUCCAAACAAGGACUGGAUCGCCGGGCCCAACUCGUUUGUUCGAGAGGUAUGGUCGCGAGGAAACCAAGAGGGAAACGGGCAACCGUGCAAACAACCACGACACGACCGAUCAGUAACGAACAAAAAUGUCCGUUCUCGUUCACCGUAUACGAGUGCCGAAGAUCGGCCAGGUGGUACUUUCGAAAGUUUGGCAACGGCAGUCGAAUGCAUUGUGGGCACUGUAAAUUGCUUCCGCAGCAGGUAGGAAUCCGCCAAUUCCAAAACCUAACUGAGAGAAACGGAGAAAAUUGGUCAGAGGACCAAACGAAAAGUGUUCCGGUGAAUGCCGUUUCACCGAAGGAGGGAAAUGCCGACCGUGAAACAAAGUUGGCGAAACGAACCCCGAAAGUAGCAUCGGAUGUCAACAAGGCAAUAGAUGCAGCGUUUACGGCACACGCUCAACAAGGAGGGAGCGCCACAUUUGCAUCUUCCGUUGCAAAUGUCGUCAGAGAUCAGUUUUUAGAACGCAUGAAUGGUGCUGACAAUCGUAUCUCUCAUGCCAACAAAGCCAGUGUUCACGUGAAUGAAAUGGUGCUUGAACCAAACGAUCUUUCACAUUUUCUAAGUAGAAAAAAAAUCGAUUGGAGUGGGAACAUCCCCCAUCAGCAAAUACGAGGCAUCAAUAACUAUCGGAAGAAUAAUCGAGAGUAUAGUUCGAUGUUGGAGAAGGAAAUUUCACAUUACAGUGGAUUCGCCUCGAGAAAGAAAAUCAAAGAAGACGAACUCGAGCGUAUUGAGAACCAUUUGAAUACCAUCAACGACAAAUCGUUCAUUCUGGAUCAAGCGGAAAUCCAUCGCAAUUACCUUGCGGAGAGUAAGAAGUGCAGUCCCAUCAGCAUUAAGGAAGAAAUCAAGAACAUAAUCGCAAAGGAGACGGGGAAGGCAGGUAAAUACUGUGGCAACUUAAAGCUACUGAUGAUGCUUCCAAUUAUAUUCCUCACUUUUUCCUCACUGAAUUCGACCGAAACUCGAAACAAACUUUAGCCAACAUGCCACAGACGAAUACGAUUGGUAAUAUGACCAGAUCGAACACAAACCGUUUCGUUGAACAUCGUACUCCCAACGCGAGAUUGUUGACGAAUAUGAACAGGAAUCAAAACCUUGCCUCAUAUUGUAAUCAUGAUGCCCAAAAUAUGGCGAACAUGGUAAUUCAGCAACUAAGUGCGGCAGAACCGGGACGGUCAAAUCAACUUGUCGACAGCAUGAAUAUGCAAAAGACAUGGAACACUCAAUACAACGCGAUGAAUGCAAACUCGAACACAGCAAACCAAAUUCAAAAAUCUUCAUUAAUACAUGGAUCGAAUGCGUAUGGUGGUUUCACAAAAAAUAUUAUACAGGAACCAUCUGGUGGCCGUUGCGCUGGUACGAAUUUCUCGAACUUUACCAUGGGAAAUAUGAAUACCACUGAGAGGAUGGCCGGAAUUCGCAAAGACAACGUUUCUAUUUUGCGACCGACAGAAAUCUAUGACUCCCCCACCAAUCCAGAAGCAGGAGCUACGAAUUCUAAACCCGAUAUGGUGGCUAGUGUUGAAAAUAGUACUGGCAGUAAGAACUGCUUUGUUGAAGAAGAUAUUGUGACACAAUUUCUUGUUCAAAUGCAUGCGCAUCCCGAAAUCGUCUGAGUACUACUACAAGAGCGCUGGAGAAAGUUGCCCGUUAUAUCUUGGCUACAU